AUGUCGCCAGUGCAAAGCGGAGGGCGCUGGGUGGCCCCUGUUCAACGGUGGUGCUUGGAAAGUGGUACUGGCGGUGGAGUCGGCAAUCCUCCAGGGGGGCGUGUCGACUGUGCGGUGCCCAGGACCGGUUCGGUGACAUUCACGCCCCUCCACCCCUCUGGCUCGCACGCGCUUCGGGCAGAGACAAGGAGAGGCAGAGAGGCACAGUACCAAACCACGGCGGUUGCCAAGUCCACAGAGGCUGCCCGGAAGAGUGGCCACAGGCGGGCGGGUCUUGUCCCCAAAUCUUCGUCCUUUGUGUUCACCAGACCCUGUUGUCUCUGGCUUGUCUAG